UAGCUCCAGGGGGCGUGGCGCUGGUAUGUGACUUCAUCAAGAUGGUGGUGGGAGCCUUCCCUAUCGCUAAGCUCCUGUACCUGGGAAUCCGGCAGAUCAGCAAACCGUUGGCAAACCGAAUAAAGGCGGGCGCACGGCGGAGCGAGUUCUUCCGCACUUACGUCUGUCUACCGCCGGCUCAAGUGUACCACUGGGUGGAGAUGCGGGCGAAGAUGAGGAUCAUGGGAUUUCGAGGUGCAGCCGUCAAACCCUUAAACGAGGAGGCGGCAGCAGAGUUGGGGGCAGAACUAUUGGGGGAAGCCAUCAUCUUCGUCGUGGGAGGCGGCUGCUUAGUGGCAGAAUAUGCAAGGCAAGCAGCUAACACUCGGAGGAAAGAGGAGGAGCUGGAGGCCCGACUUCAUGAAAUGGAGCAAAAAAUUACAAGCCUGGGGCUCCUAACAGAGGAGGUGGACGCUAAAGUUCGAGAGACAGAAAGGAAACUGGUAGCUAAGUGAGCCGUGUUUGUAUUGGGAUGCGCUGUCCUACCACUGUACCUGCCUGUCGAGAAGAACUGAAUUAUUUGGCACUGGAGAUAUAUUGGGGGCGUGGCUGGCUCUGUAGGGGCUGACUGAACUAAAGCCCCACCCCUGAGGAGUUUCUUGUUUGAAUCAUUUAAAGUUGUAUUGUACAGAAUAAAGACAUAUUGGUCACUUGA